AUGAUUUCUGUGUGUCUUUCUUUGCUUUGUGAUCUAAAUGCAAUCAGAUUUUAUUUUAAAGGUUAUAUUCUCUGUAUUCACAGACUCUCUGACUGUGAAGUCUCAGAGACUCACUGUGAAGUUGUGGCCUCAGCUCUGAAGUCCAACCCCUCCCAUCUGAGAGAGCUGGACCUGAGUAAGAACAAGCUGCAGGAUUCAGGAGUGAAGCUGCUGUCUGCUGGACUGGAGAGUCCACACUGUAGACUGGAGACUCUGAGAUUGAGUUGGUGCAGUUUGUCAGAGAUCAGCUGUUCUUCUCUGGUCUCAGCUCUGAAGUCCAACCCCUCCCAUCUGAGAGAGCUGGACCUGAGUAUCAACGACCUGCAGGAUCCAGAUGCGAAGCAGCUGUCUGAUCUUGUGGAGAGUCCACACUGUAGACUGCAGACUCUGAGGAGGUGGUAAUCUCAGUCAAACUGGGAGCAGUGAUGAAGGAGGUUGUGUUGGAGGAUCCACUGUGUCCUGAUGAUCCAGAGAGGUUGAAGCAGCAGCAUCAGCUCUGACUGGGCCAUGUUACUGGGAGGUAGAGUGGAGAGGAGAGCUUCAUCCAGCAGUGACUGACAGAGGAAUCACAACCAGUGGAGAUGACUCUCAGUGCUG